AGUUGGCUACUAAGAUAUGUCACUAUAAAUUCCAAAUUUGCCGUUUUUUUAGAAAACACAGACAUUGAAAUUUAUUUUUCGUCUUACACCCAGUUAUUUUUAAUCGCAUUUCUAUGUCUCGCUCGGACGCUUUGGUCUAUGGUCCAACGGACUUCAGUCGCUCAGUCGAGGAAGCAAUUCUUAGAAUUGUGUAUCCAGAGGCUCGAAGGGAUGGGAGAUUCGAAGAAAUGAUACACGGGUAUAAAAUAAAAGACGUUUAUCGGUGGCUUGAAGAUCCAGACUCUGUAGAUACUCAACAAUUUGUGAAUGCGCAGAACAUCAUUAGCCAAUCCUUCCUUGAAAGAAGUGCGGAACGGGAGAAUAUCAAUUCCAAACUGACAAAGCUCUGGAAUUUCCCAAAGUAUGGGUGUCCCAUGCGUCACGGUAACUACUAUUAUUUCUUUAAGAAUACUGGUCUGCAAAAUCAGAGUGUUUUGAUGCAGCAAAAGUCUUUAGAGAGCCCAGAGUCUAUUUUCCUUGACACCAAUAGCAUGUCUUCCGAUGGAACCACUGCAAUUAGCCAUAUCAAGUUCUCGGAAGAUGGGGCGUUCAUGGCCUAUGGACUGAGCGAAAGUGGUUCCGAUUGGAAUAAAAUCAGAAUACGAAAUACCAAGGAGGGUAUCGACUUACCUGAAAUUCUGGAAAAAGUAAAGUUCUCGAAUGUCUCCUGGACGAAAGACAGCAAGGGAUUCUUCUAUGGUCGAUAUACCGAUCAAGACGGCAUAAUUGAUGGAUCGGAGACAAAGCUGGCUGAAAAUCAGAAACUGUAUUACCAUCUACUAGGAGAGAGCCCACAUCAAGAUACAUUGAUCGCAGAGUUCCCCGAACACCCGUCCUGGCGAUUCAAAACCGAUAUUUCAGACUGCGGAAAAUAUCUGAUCUUAUCCAUAAGUCACACGAUUCGGGACAACAUGCUGUACUAUGCCGAAUUAGGAUCGAAAGAGAAAAACGCAUUCCAACUAGAACUUAAGCCAAUUGUGGAUAAAUUUGAGGCUGACUUCGAUUACAUUACCAACGAGGGAUCUAAUUUGUACUUCCACACAAACAAGGAUGCCCCUAAUUACCGGGUGAUUGUGAUUGAUGUUAAUAAUCCAGCAGAGGGAAACUGGACCACCCCAAUACCCGAGCAUAAGAAAGAUGUUUUGGAGUGGGCCAAGUGCGUUGAUGGGAAUAAAUUAGUCGUUUGCUAUAACUGCGAUGUAAAGCAUAUUCUUCAGGCUCGCGAUCUUAAUACAGGAAAGCUCAUCCGUCAACUUGGCCUGGAUAUUGGCUCGAUAAAUGGGAUUUCAGGAAAGAAGAAUAAUUCGGAAAUCUUUUAUGGUUUCUCAUCGUUUUUAUCACCAGGUAUAAUAUUUUACUAUGACUUUGCCAAGCCAUCCGAAAAGCCGACCGUUCUGCGCGAAAUAAGUCUAAAUUUGGAGGGCUUUCGCCGGGAUAACUACAGCGUGAAACAAGUGUUUUAUAAAAGCACUGAUGACACCGACAUACCUAUGUUUAUCGUACAACGAAAGAGGGAUAUUAAGGAACCCCGCCCUUGUUUGCUAUAUGGAUAUGGCGGAUUUAACUACAGCCUAAUGCCAUCCUUCGGCAUACUGAGUCUGAUGUUCAUGGAUACGUUUGAUGGAGUUUUGGCUUUUCCGAAUUUGAGAGGAGGCGGAGAAUAUGGCAUGGAGUGGCACAAUAUGGGUAGAAUGUUGAGCAAACAAAAUGUUUUUAAUGAUUUUCAAGCCGCCGCUGAGUUUUUGACCAAAAAUAACUAUACAACCAAGGAUCGAUUGGCCAUACAGGGCGCCUCGAAUGGUGGACUUUUGGUGGGUGCUUGCAUCAAUCAGCGUCCAGAUCUUUUCGGAGCAGCCGUGGCCCAAGUUGGUGUAAUGGAUAUGUUGCGCUUCCACAAGUUUACUAUCGGUCAUGCCUGGUGCUCCGAUUAUGGCAAUCCCGAUGAAAGGGUACACUUCGCGAACCUUAUUAAAUUCUCGCCUCUUCACAACGUUCACAUUCCUCUGAAUCCGGAUCAGGAGUACCCAUCGACAUUAAUCCUGACAGCCGAUCACGACGACCGUGUAAGUCCUUUGCACUCCUAUAAAUUUGUUGCUGCUCUUCAGGAAGCAGUGCGGUACUCAGAGUAUCAGCUGAAUCCAAUAUUACUAAGGGUUUAUACGAAGGCAGGUCACGGAGCUGGAAAGCCAACAAAAAUGCGCAUUAGUGAGGCCACGGACAUUAUAACAUUUCUCAAAAAGACACUCAAUGUCGAUUGUAUUAAUCUAUGAAUGAUAUGAAUGAAUGAUAUGAUAUGAUAUGAAUCAAAAAUAAAAUUGCCAAUCAUUUUGAAAGCACCUAUUUUGUUGUACAUAAAUAAUUCCAGUCAUUGUAUACGUCCCGAAAACAGUUUUUUUAAUGAAGAUAAGUGCAUAGAACCCAAACUCAAAAUAAGAGAAAAGGAACUUGGCGACCUAGCUUUGGGUUUCGAACUUCACGUACUCCUCUUUCAUGUUGGCAAAAAGGAUCCGAGACAAGGCUUUUGUAU